AUGGAGUACACAAGCUCGCCGCAUCUUAAUUACUUCGCCAUCCCUCUCGUCGAAUUCAUGGCUGCCAGGCCAGAGAUCGAAGGGUUUGGGGUAGGCGCGUACAUUUUCUCCCACGCCGAUCCCACCCCACGUAUCCUUCUCUUGCAGCGUGCAGAAUCAGACUCUAUGCCAGGAUGCUGGGAGGGCCCCGGCGGUGCAUGUGAGCCCGAAACAGACAAAUCCAUAUUGGACUCACUGGUGCGCGAAACGCUAGAAGAGACUGGCUUGCAUGUCUCGCACGUUGCUGGGCUAGUUGCGGUCGACUGCUGGGAGCAUCGACGUCGCAGUGGGGGUAGGAUGAGAAUUGCGAAAUACUCCUUCAUUGUUGAGGUUCAUGAGAGCUCAGAUGAGCUCAGAAUGGGAGAUCCUGUGGGAAAUGCUCAUGUUCCUGUCGAACUCGACGCAACUGAGCAUCAAGCAUUUGAUUGGGCAACAGAGGAGAAUGUUCAACUCUCUGUGAAGUCUUCUGGGGGUCCAUACAAGUUCCCAUUACAUCCGAUGGGACACCAGGCGCCUAAUAUUCUACGGGCUUUUGAACUGGCUAAGGAGCGAUCGGAUAUAGCAUGA